GGGGCUUCUGAGUUUGAGCUGCAUGCAGAAAUGUAAGGCAGUGUUUCCUGGCUCUGAUGGCAAAAUGGGACCCAGCUCCAGAUAUUCCUCGGGCUUCCCAGCUUUGCAGAUCUGGGCCAGAACCUACAUAAGCAUAUUGGUGAUGUAGCCAGCUUUGAAGGCCGAGAGAAUCCUUAUGGAUUCAGGAGACUGGUUUUUUAUUUAGAGUUUUAUUUUUUAUUUGGAAGAUGAAAUGCUUCUCUCGUUACCUGCCUUACAUCUUCAGACCUCCGAAUACCAUCCUCUCUUCCAGCUGCUACACGGAAGUUUUGCCUAUACUUUCGAAAUUGGUACUAUCAAGCAAAGCAGAAUAGAGGAAGAUCAGUCAAAACAAGAUGCUGAGGGCAAUACAGGAUUUCCGAUCAAGUUAAUAGGAAAUCAAACUUCUUCUCUGCCAUGCCCCUGUGCCAUGCUGUCCUGCCUCGGAGCCAGCGGACUAUGGACUGAAACCUCUACAAACUCUGACAUUAUCUCUACGGUAGAAUUCAACCACACAGGAGAAUUACUAGCGACAGGGGACAAGGGGGGUCGGGUUGUAAUAUUUCAACGAGAGCAGGAGAGCAAAAAUCAAGUUCAUCGUAGGGGUGAAUACAAUGUUUACAGCACAUUCCAGAGCCAUGAACCAGAAUUCGAUUACCUGAAGAGUUUAGAAAUAGAAGAAAAAAUCAAUAAAAUAAGAUGGCUUCCUCAGCAGAAUGCAGCUUACUUUCUUCUGUCUACUAAUGAUAAAACUGUGAAGCUAUGGAAAGUCAGUGAACGUGAUAAGAGGCCAGAAGGCUACAAUCUAAAAGAUGAGGAGGGUCGGCUCCGGGAUCCUGCUACCAUCACAACCCUGCGGGUACCUGUCCUGAGACCCAUGGACCUGAUGGUGGAGGCCACCCCACGAAGAGUAUUUGCCAACGCACACACGUAUCACAUCAACUCCAUAUCAGUCAACAGCGACUAUGAAACCUACAUGUCUGCUGAUGACCUGAGGAUUAACCUAUGGAACUUUGAAAUAACCAAUCAAAGUUUUAAUAUUGUGGACAUCAAGCCGGCCAACAUGGAGGAGCUCACCGAGGUGAUCACAGCCGCAGAGUUCCACCCCCAUCACUGCAAUACCUUCGUGUACAGCAGCAGCAAAGGGACAAUCCGGCUGUGCGACAUGCGGGCGUCAGCCCUGUGUGACAGGCACACCAAAUUUUUUGAAGAGCCGGAAGAUCCAAGCAACCGAUCGUUUUUCUCUGAAAUCAUCUCUUCGAUUUCGGAUGUGAAGUUCAGCCACAGUGGGAGGUAUAUCAUGACCAGGGACUAUCUGACCGUGAAAGUCUGGGAUCUCAACAUGGAAAACCGCCCCAUCGAGACUUACCAGGUCCAUGACUACCUCCGCAGCAAGUUGUGCUCCCUCUAUGAAAAUGACUGCAUUUUUGAUAAAUUUGAGUGUGUGUGGAAUGGGUCCGACAGUGUCAUCAUGACAGGGUCCUACAACAACUUCUUCAGGAUGUUUGACCGAAACACCAAGCGGGAUGUGACGCUUGAGGCCUCGAGGGAAAACAGCAAACCCCGGGCUAUCCUCAAACCCCGAAAAGUGUGCGUGGGGGGCAAGCGGAGAAAAGACGAGAUCAGCGUCGACAGUCUGGACUUUAGCAAAAAGAUCUUGCAUACAGCUUGGCAUCCUUCAGAAAAUAUUAUAGCAGUGGCGGCUACAAAUAACCUAUAUAUAUUUCAGGACAAGGUUAACUAGGAAGACAAGUUAUUACUUAAUCUCACAUACUGAAUAUUAGUCAAACGAGUUUUUAAAUGUUUCUUUGGGUCUUCAUUUGAUGCAUUGACUUUAAUUUCCCUAUGCAUAAAACAAUUGGAAUAGGAUUAAAAAGGAGUCCAACUUUCCCAACUCCCCGGUUCUAAGAAACUUUUAUCAACCCGAUAGGCUUGGGCCACUUUGUUUAGAAUCGAGAGCUGCCAGCUAACAGUAAUUCUCUCAUAGUUGACUUGAAUUUCUGAUGCUUUUAUUGCCCAGUUUUCUCUGGUGGGUCCAGUGUUUUGUUUCUAGGUGUCUGCUGCGGUAAAAUAAGGUUGUCUGUAGUAUUUAAAAAGAAAGAUAAGUUUUUUUUUUAAUUAAGCGAUUCCAUUUGAUUGAAAAAUUGACAAAAAAAAUAAACACCAUUUACUCUA